AUGGUAUCUGAUUUUUUUUAUCCAAACAUGGGUGGAGUUGAAGGCCAUAUCUAUCAUCUUUCUCAACGUUUAAUUCGUCGUGGCCAUCGAGUGAUUAUUCUCACUCACGCCUACUCUGACCGAGUUGGUAUCAGAUAUCUUUCUUCUGGUGCAAAAGUCUAUUAUGUUCCUCUUUGGCUAGUUGUCGAUCAAGUUUCUCUGCCAACCAUCUACUCUUCUCUGCCCUUGUUUCGUUAUAUUGCCAUUCGCGAGGCAAUUGAUAUUGUACAUGGUCAUCAGGCAUUCUCUGCCAUGUGUCAUGAAGCUAUUCUACAUGCUAGAACUAUGGGACUACGUGCAGUAUUUACUGAUCACUCGUUGUUUGGGUUCGAGGAUACAAGCAGUAUCCUUACCAACAAACUGCUCAAAUUUACUCUAUCUGACAUUGAUCAUGUCGUAUGUGUAUCUCAUACAAGUAAAGAAAACACAGUUUUGAGAGCAUCACUUAAUCCAAUCAAUGUUUCUGUAAUUCCAAAUGCUGUCGUGUGUGCCGAAUUUACUCCUGAUCCCACCAAACGAGAUAAAUCAAAAAUAACAAUUAUUGUAGCCAGCAGACUUGUGUACAGAAAGGGUGUUGAUUUACUCGUGUCAGUUAUCCCAGUGAUAUGUGCCGAGUUUCCUCAUGUUCAGUUUCUUAUUGGUGGUGAUGGACCAAAGCGCAUAGAGCUGGAACAGAUGCGUGAAAAAUACGAGUUACAGGACCGUGUUCAAAUGUUAGGGGCGAUCAACCAUUGUGACAUUCGUAAUUUUUUGGUACAGGGCCAUAUUUUUUUAAAUACAUCUCUGACUGAAGCUUUUUGUAUUGCUAUUGUCGAAGCCGCUUCGUGUGGGUUAUUAGUUGUAAGUACAAAGGUUGGUGGCGUACCAGAGGUUUUGCCUGAUGACAUGAUCAUAUUUUCAAGUCCAAACGAAAACGAACUUGUGCAAAGAGUCCGUGAAGCUAUUGACUAUAUUAAGCUUGAUCGGAUCGACCCGUUUGAACUCCAUUGUCGAGUAUCUCAAAUGUAUAAUUGGAGCAAUGUUGCAGGUCGAACUGAAGAGGUGUAUAAAAAUGUUAUGGAAGGCAACUCCAUAUCGCUGGCAGAACGUUUGCAAAGAUACAACGAAUGUGGUUUGUUUGCAGGAAAAUUAUCUGCUAUGAUCGUAGCAGUCAAUUAUCUGCUCUGGCUGCUUUUAGAAUGGCUCGUGCCAAGGGAGACGAUUGACCUGGCGCCAUUGUUUAAUCAGGAACUAUUUCACGAGGUAGUGUCUAGAUUGUUUACCACUGUGAUGCAUAUGAAUUCAAAAUACUUUGAAUCGAUGGUUUGA